AUGAACGGAGCGCCGAAUGUGGUAGUCUCGAGGUGUGGAAAAGAAAACCGUUUUACCCACUUUAUCGUCCAAAAAGAUUCCUCGAGGAAGGGUUUUCUCAUUCGGCAUAGGCUGAAACCUUGGCCACUUACAGGCCCCAUCUGGACGGGUCUGUCCACUUGGUGCGAUUUUCGACUCGAAUUCGGAUUCCUCCGGAUCGUCUGCAUGACUCGGGCGCCGCUCCGUCACGAUGACUCAAGAACUGGCUAUAAAGAUGUUUAG